GCAUAUAGUAGACCUUUUGCGCUUUCGAGCGUUUAGGGGUAUUCAUGCUGCGUCUUACAACCACCGACAAUUACAAAGCCAACUAUUGGUACCCGGCCUUGGCUGCAUCCCGGGGCCGAGCAGGCCUUUGUCAUCUACUUGCUGAGCGUCAUCGUUUCGAUUCAGUUCCUAUGUAGACUUCGCCUCAUGCUACGUAACAAUGUAUGUGCGUGAGACGCCAAUCGCUUUUGUGAAUGGUGCGAUCCCCUGCCCAGUGGUGAGCUUUGAGAUGCCCCGCCGCCCGUGCUGAGAUCGAUCCCCACGACGAUAGCUGGGUUGUAAAGCUGCUGGACUAAGCAAAACCUUGGAAACAUUCCAACAAAACUAGAUAUAAUCCAGGAUUCAUGACACUCGUGAAGGUCAGUUGAGCUAGACAAAUCAAUACCUCCGCCAUGGACCAGUCCAUCAAACCUAGCUUUAACUUCGUGAAUAUCAAGCACCCAGACGACCUGAAAGAUGAAGAAACCCAGCUCCGCAUCCGGCGACUGGCAAUGACAGAAGUUGGCAAGGCGCGACGCAAACCGAGAAUCAAGCGAGGACGAGACAAGAUUAUUCUAGAGCUUCGCGACACGACACAAAGACCUCCUCACAUCGAGCGCCUUAGCAGCGGAUCCGUUGAUCCCUUCAGUCGUUACCCUAUCGAGCUCGAUGACGAAUCUCGUUAUCUACUCUCCAAUAUCUUCAGUGAAGGGACUCAUUCCAGCCAGUUGAGGGGAUCCUGGUUUCCAGUCGGGCUCGACAGUCCAGCAGCCUUCCACCAUGCGCUAGCCAACUCGCAGAACUUCAUUUUCCAGCAAAUGAACGGAUUUUAUCCUUCGCAGGACAACGCGCAGGCUUUGGCCCAUCACCAGAAGGCACUCAGUCUUGCGCGAAAGUUGAUGAGCGACCCCGCAAAACAUACGAGUAACGAAGCACUUGGCACAAUCGUGUCGUUCACCUGCCAUCAUGCAUUACUUGGCAGCUUUGCUGGUGGCGAAUACAAGAAGCAUCAAGACGCCCUUCUGAAGAUGAUCGAGUUGAAGGGGGGAUUCGAUAGUAUCGACUGGGAACCCCUUCGAAUAACAGUCUCAUGGAGCGAUUUGAUAGGUUCCUUUGCACAAGACCUACCGCCGACAGUGCCACUGCCUUGCAAAUGGGAGGUCGAUUCGAGAUCGCCGCCUGGGUCCCCCCGACCGCAUAAUUCCAUGUCGCUGAUGUGGAAGCAACAAUCGCCCAUGCGACUCGACUGGGUGACCAUCUUCGACGACAUCGUACAAUUGAUAUCUUUGGAUCGUGCGUUCAAUGAACAGCAAUUCGAACUGGCGGUCACAAGCGGAAGCUGGAUUGAGCCGACCGUAUACCGUCUCCUCGCCAUUCGGCCUUUGCAGUUUGGCUACGACCGCGAACACAUCCUUGAAGAAGUGUGUCGACUUGGAACAUUGCUAUUCCUGGCUCCAUUCUGGAGGGUACUGGGGCUGUCCAUUGUGAGGACCGCAGCCAUAUCCCGGAAUCUCCUGCUGGUUUUGUUACAAUACAAGACGGAAUGGAACGAAAUCAAGCCUCUCCUCGUAUGGACGCUCUAUUCCGCCGCGAUCGAGACGAUCGAUUUAGCGGAACGCAGUCAAUAUGUGUUCAUGCUUGCGAUGGUCAUGAGUGGUAUGCAACUUGAAAAUUGGAGCGAGUUGUUAGACGUCGUCAAGGGCGUGUUGUGGGUUGAUGGAGUUUUUGCCGGCAGUGAUGACCUGAUUCGGGAUGAGGUGAUGAGCAUUGUAAGCCAGAAGUCUAGUGCCCAAGUUCUGCGAGAGGAGCCUGAUAUUUUUGAAGGCGGUCUGGGACUAUUGGAAGACGCCUAAGCCUGAUCUGGAAAGUCUUCCUGACCGUCAUGCAUAAGCGCUUACAAUGCAAUCUUGCCGCCCUAUUAUCACUAGGUAUCCUCUAACAUAAUGGAUGAACGCUUGAGAGGCUGCUGAGGUCAGACAAGAAAUUGGUGCAUACCUAGGUAUCAUCUGGCCCUGUUGAGUACGCAGGCAUCCUAUCACCGCUGUCAAGAUGUGUAGCCCAGCUUCCUCAUACCCCACCCCGCUGCAUGGUACAAAGCCGGUUCGCGCCUAGUGUUGAGUCUAGGUCUGUGUACAUCAACGUCGACACGCAUGGAC